GGGGUAUGUAGAAUAUGAGAGUACCCACUUAAUCGUACAAGGACUACGGUAUGCUGGGAGUCCGGGGACGGACAAAUCACAUGGAUGAAGACACAGCGAGACUAGCCUAAGUGCGGUACGUCUGUUUGGGGAGUGUGAGCACUAUCGCUUUGUGUGACCCAAGUGCUGAGGCCUCUCUGCCAGUGAUGGAGGAACUCAACUUCAGAGAGGUGUUGGAAAGGAACAGGAGCCAUCUAGUGGAGGUCUUAAGUCACGAGAUGGAAUUGUGUUUGCAGAAAGCCACUCAUUUUCUUUCAAAUACUGAGAUGGAGCGAGUGGAGAGUCUCUGUGAAAAUAAGGAUAAGUUGUCUUUGCUAUUGAAUGUACUCAUGGAAAAAGACCCAGCACUUUUUCGGCAGUUUAUUCAGUGUAUCUGCAUCGAAUACAAUGACUUCCCCAUGGAGCUAGAGAUUCCACUUAUGGCUGCAUGUGGAGAUGUGACUCCAAAGCGACCCUGUAGCACAUCUGGAGAAGGUACAGAUGCUAAACAGCUUCGAUUAGACACAGAUAAAUCUGUCAGCUUACAAUCAAAUGAAGAAAUCUAUAUUGCUCCAAUAUUUCAAGAAAAGGAUCUGGAUGCAGCAGUUCUUCUGGGUUUUGCUGAAAGCUAUAGACAUCAAAUCAUUAAAGUGAUUCUAGAAGCAGAUGACAUCAGAGAAGAAACAUCUCAGAAACAAACAAUUGCUAGUCAAAUAUAUGUUGAAGUGUUAAUAAGAAACAUGAAAGUAUCCAAAGGAAAAGAUCGGAGUGAUAAAGGCUUGCAGGAAGAUGAAGAGUCAUUUGGUAGCACUAUAACAGUGUCCAGUUUGCUUGCAUCUAGUAAUUGCCCAAAGUCUAAUGUUAUUUUUCUUUUUGGAAAAGCAGGCAUUGGAAAAACAGUGUUGACUUACAGGAUUUGUACUGAGUGGGCAAAAGGAAUCUACAACCAAUUUAAAUUAACCUUCCUGUUUGAAUUCCGACAGCUUAAUCUAAUACAUAAAAAAGUGACCUUAAUGCAACUUUUCUUUGAUCUGUUUAUUCAUCCAGAAAAUAAUCCCAGUGCAGUGUUUCAAUAUAUUUUCCAGAAUGCUGCGUCAGUUUUGAUUAUAUUUGAUGGGUUUGACCAGUUUGCAGAUAAGCGGUCUGUCUGUCCUUUCAGUGGAUGCAACAGUCCUUCUGAGCCACAGUCAAUAGCAGAACUGUUUUCAAGCUUAUAUUAUGGGAAACUGUUACCUGGAUGCACUGUUUUGGUUACUUCUCGACCUAAUGAAGCAUAUGAUCUGUCCAACAAUCUAGAAAACGUUUGCAACCUCAGAGGUUUUAAUCAACAAAAAGUUGAAGCAUAUGUCAGGCAGUUCCUUAAUGAAAAUAAAUUAUGUGGCCAAGCGUUAACUCAUCUGAUGGACAACAAAAGAAUCCUAAGUCACUGUUAUGUUCCUGCUGUGUGCUUCAUGGUUUGUGUUUGCCUUAAAUAUUUAUUCUCAAGCUGUAUACCAGGAAAUCUUCCAGAGACAGUCACACAACUUUAUAUUAAAAUACUUACAAUUUUCCUAUAUGAAACACACAAAGAUUCACAAUUUGAGAAAGAAGAAACACUUCUGAGCAAACACAGACUUCAUAUUCUUGGACUGUGUGAUCUUGCACUGAAAGGACAUGAAGAUGGAAGGACCAUAUUUUAUGACCAAGAUAUAUCUGAAAAGGUCAGAGAAUUUGCUUUACUGUAUGGGUUGAUGAAAUCUUUUGCCUUGAAAAAUAUGGAAAACAGUAAAGAUGUUGGGUAUGCUUUUAUGCAUGUGAGUCUGCAAGAGUUUCUCGCUGCACUGUGUAUGAUGAUUAGUGAGAACAUUAAAGAAUCAGCUUUGAAAAAGAAAUUACUUUUGAAGUCAAAAUGGGCUUUGAAGAACGAAUCUAAAUCUGCUGGUCUGGACAGUUUUCACAUAUUUUUAUCUGGACUUUCUUCAAAGCAUUGUGAAGGAUUUCUUUCCUUGUUGACAAAUCAAGAUGCAUCUUGGGUGCAGAAAAAGCAAAAGACAGCCUGGAAGAUACUAGAAAAAUUGUCAGCUACAAAUCUCACAGGUCCAAAAUUAAUUGAAUUAUGUCAGUGCACAUAUGAAACCCAGAACCUAGAACUUGCAACACAUAUUGGAGAAAAACUGAAAUGCAGUUAUGAGCUGCGGAAUUUUCGACCAAAUUUUGCAGAUAUGAUGGCUGUAAUAUUUGUCAUAAAUAGCGGAAUGCACUUAAUUUGUUUAGAUAUUGUGAGCUGUUCCCUGGAGUUGGAUUGUGUGGAAGUACUAAGUAGCUGCAGAUAUAUAGAGACACUGAAAUUUAGGAGUCGAAAAUAUGGAGAUAAAUUUGCAGAAGUACUCGCUAAAACAAUCCCUAAAAUUAAAUCCUUAAAGAAGCUUGAAUUCACCGGAGCUAGUAUCACAAAAGUUGGACUUUGCAAACUGGCUGAAGGAUUUGCAUCAUGCCUUGAACUUGAAGAAAUAAACUUGCAAGACAAUCGAAUGAAGGAUGAUGAUAUUCUUAUAAUUAUAGAAUGCUUGUCCAAAAUCCCAAGAUUAAAGAAGAUUGACCUCAGUCACAAUGAGAUUUCAUCUAAAGGUGUCCUCAGCCUGGUAAAUGCAAUGACCACUUGCAUUAACAUCAGCGACUUACAUGUUUGGGGUGGAAGUACGGCAAUUGUCUGUUUGGCUGAUUCAUCUGGAGUUUCAGAAGAGAUAAGAUCAAGAGAAUCCUGUCCUGUAAGAAAAGAAAAUGAAAUCCUUCUGAAUGUCAGUGAUAGGAAGAUGAGGAUUAAUGACUGCAGGUUAAAUUUACAUGAAGUGCAAACACUUGUGGAAAUUCUGGAGAGGUGUUCUUUCUUAUCAGAAGUAGAUUUGUCAGGUAAUCAUCUUGAAGAUGAAGGCUGUAGAAUACUCAUUGACCGCUUGCCAAGAAUUAAAAUUUCCAGACAACUAAAUCUAAGCAACAAUGGCAUUUCUGUUGAAGGUGUACUUCACUUGUCAAACUCCUUAAACAGCUGUCCAAAUGUAAUUGAAGUAGAUAUAAGCCUCCAGCUUCAAAAAGCAAUUCUGAACUUCUCCCAAGGCAGUUAUGGCAUCCGAUAUCUUAAAAGAGAUGUGUGUUCCACUAAAACCAGUCCAACGGGAAACGCAACUGCAAAAUUUGAUCUCUCAAGGAGGCUGAGUGUGCAAAGCUGUGAAUUUCAAACAAGCCAGUUGGAGAAGCUAUGUAGAAUUUUGAAACUGUGUCCUGAUUUAUCAGAACUGGAUUUGUCAAAUAAUGCACUUGGAAACCAAGGCAUCCAGAAAUUAGUUCAUUUUUUACCAGAUAUUCAUGUGUCCAACUUAAUAAAGUUUGAAAUGUCCAUGAAGGUGAAGGCUUUGGGGUUAAGUCUGUAUUCUUUAAUGUGA